CACCAGCUGCGCAUCGCUGGUGACCUGGUGUUGGUGUUGGUGCCGGGCAGAGCGCCGGUUUGCCUUCGGUGUAAGGGCAAAGGCCAUAUACGCCGGGAGUGCAAAGUACCACGCUGUGCGUCCUGCAGAAGUUUCGGCCAAAGUGAGAGCCAAUCCGUCCGCACUUACGCGAGCGUCGCAGGGCCCGUGAGGAGCAACGAUAUUUCGGAGCACCUCAUGGACGUGGCUGACACCGAGGAAGCUGCUAGCGAAGCAGCGAGUCAGCUACCAGUGCAGGCACCAGCACCCGUUGGACCUUUGGGGAGCGGUGACGAAAGUCAAAGCGACGGUGACCGCGGUAGGCUACCUGCGGGGACGUCGGCGGGUGGUGCACAAAGUGCGGAAAACGUCGGCAUGACGGAGCCUUCAGCUAUCGAGACGCCGCAUGCUGACAGGGCUGAACCUAGGGACGUCGAGUCAGAGGUCCCCAUGGCCCCGGUCCCCAAGCGGGUUCGUAAACUUAGUGAAGAAGUAAGCCAGAACUCCGAAGCGGCUGCCCCCGAUGAGCCGUCCCCAAAGGGUCCUCUGACACGGCGGUCAAGCCUGAGAGCGAAGCGGAAGAUACCACCGGAACGAAGUCCGAUGGUGACGCCGUCCACGCAGUGGUGA